AUGUCGUCCAAUGUGCAGCACGGCGCGCAUGCGGCUCGCGAGAUCAGCCUGCUCAAGCUCAUCGCACCGCACCCGCACUUCAUCCAGCUCUACGACGUGUUCGAGACGCCCUCACACUUCUUCCUCAUCACCGAGUACUGCAGCCUCGGCGCCCUGUUCGACUACGUCGCUGAGCACUUCCUCGAGCCGUGCGAGGUGCAGAAGCUCUUCCUCGAGCUCGUCAGCGCUCUCACGCACCUGAACCGGUUCCGCAUCGCCCACCGCGACCUGAAGCCCGAGAACCUGCUCCUGUGCCGCGACGAGCACGACGAGCUCACGCUCAAGAUCGCCGACAUGGGCCUCGCGUCGUUCCAGCCCGAGGACACGCUCCUCAAGACGAGCUGCGGCAGCCCGCACUACGCCGCGCCCGAGAUCGUCUCUGGCCUCCCGUACGACGGCGCGCUCGCCGACGUGUGGUCGGCCGGCGUCGUCCUGUACGCCAUGUUCGCCGGCGUCUUGCCCUUUGACGACGACAACAACCCGGCCCUGUUCGCCAGGAUCCGCUCGGGCGUGUACGAGGACCACCCGGACGUGCCGUCCGCCGCGAGCGACCUCAUCUCGCACUGCCUCGUCGUCGACCCGGCCAAGCGCUACACGGUGCGUCCCCUGUCACUCUCCUCGUCCGCACCCCUCGCGUCUCGUGCGGUGACCUGA